CACCUGAGAAAGAGUGUUGAUAGUUUUAUUUUAAGUGUAUAUACAUAUAUAUACUUUGAUAAAUUUUAACUCAUUUUAAAGAUGAUAUCUAAUAUAUACUUAACUUUUUUUUUCUUCUUUUUGAACACAUAUAAACUUAAUUUUAUUUUAUUUAUAUUUUCUAGUGACAAAAACACCCAUGCAAUACACAACAACAGGGCAAAAAUCAAAGGUUACUUCAGUAUUUUCAAAAUUUAUGUCUUCAGGGCUCUCCUGUGUCUGGAAUUUUGGAUAAAUCCUUCACACUGAUCGGCAAUUGAAAUUAUUGAAGAUUUCCUUCUCAAAACAGAAGGGAAUACACUGUAAUUGUCGAUGGGUUCCAUGGGCCAAAAGGUAAAAUGGAGCUGGAGCUCAGCCUUAAUCGGAGCAGCAUCUGCCGCAGCAGCAACUUCUCUCCUCAGCGCCAAGCCAAAGGAUCCAACUUUCCACCUUAUCUCCAUAGACCUAACCUCACUCAAACUCAACCUCCCAGUCCUCGACGCUGAAUUAAUGCUCACCGUACACGUCACAAACCCUAACAUCGCAGCCAUCCAUUACUCCUCCACAACGAUGUCGAUUCUAUACGACGGCACGGUCCUUGGCACGGCGGAGGUCAAAGCUGGUUCGCAGCCGGCGAGAUCGUGUCAGCUUCUUAGGUUACCGGCGCGUCUCGACGGGAUGGAGCUUGCGCAUCACGCGCGGAAGUUCUUUGCUGACGUGGCGAAGAGGGAGAUGAAGCUUGAGGCUAAGCUUGAUAUCGAAGGAGCGGCUAAGGUUUUGUGGUGGGACCAUAGUUUUAGGGUGCACGUGGAUAGUUUUGUUACUGUUGAUCCGGUCUUUCUCGAUAUUAUUGGUCAAGAGAAUAGAUCUCAGAUGGAUUUGCUUCUUGCUUAAAAAAUAAUAUGUUAAGUUUAAUGAUAAUAUGUUGUUUCAUAGUUAGUCAUUUAUCUCAUGUUUUUAGUUAUUGGAUAAGGCUUUCAAAGUCAUAUUUGUUUAAUAAAUUCGACUUAACCAAACCAAUAAGCUGUUGGUCUAGUAGUAAAAGAUUUGUUUA